CUUUAUCCUCGCCCCUUCCUCUCCACCCUACCCGUUCCUCUCAUUUCGGCUUGAAUUCUCCCCAUGGACAACAACUCAGACAUUGCAGAGAGAAUUGCUGCAGCUCGAAGGGAAGCCGAGUCAUUGAAAGAAAAAAUCAAACAAAAGAAGGAUGCUCUUGCAGACACUACUUUGCGUCAAAUGGCCAAAGAUGUUGAGCCGCUUCCUCGAGUAGUUAUGAAAGUUCGCCGUGUUUUGAAGGGUCAUCUCGCCAAAAUAUACUCCAUGCAUUGGUCAGCAGAUAAGCGACAUUUAGUGUCGGCAUCUCAAGAUGGCAAACUUAUUGUUUGGGACGCUUAUACUACUAACAAGGUCCAGGCUAUUCCAUUACGUUCAUCGUGGGUCAUGACAUGCGCCUAUGCUCCAUCCGGCAACUUUGUAGCGUGCGGUGGUCUCGACAACGUUUGUUCCAUUUAUAAUUUGAGAUCAAGAGAAGGCCCUGUUCGCCCAGCGCGCGAACUCUCGGCUCAUACUGGUUAUUUGAGCUGCUGUCGAUUCAUCAAUGACCGACAAAUUCUUACAACUUCAGGCGAUAUGAGCUGUAUGCUGUGGGACAUUGAUGCAGGCAUCAAAAUAGAAGAAUUUAAUGAUCAUACCGGCGAUGUAAUGAGUCUUUCCCUUGGACCAAAUCCAAACGUAUUUGUCUCAGGUGCAUGCGAUGCUACAGCAAAGGUGUGGGAUAUUCGCUCAAAACGUUGCGUACAGACUUUUACUGGCCAUGAAUCCGAUAUCAACUCGGUACAAUUCUUCCCAGAUGGAAACGCCUUUGGAACUGGAUCAGACGACGCCAGCUGCCGACUAUUUGACCUUCGUGCUGAUCGAGAACUCAAUCAAUACACAAACGACAGCAUCAUCUGUGGUAUCACUUCUGUUGCAUUCUCUGUCUCUGGCCGUCUACUCUUCGCUGGUUACGACGACUUCACUUGCAACGUUUGGGAUACCCUGAAAGGCGAGCGUGUCGGUGUGCUGAGUGGUCACGAUAACCGUGUCUCUUGCUUGGGUGUUUCUAGUGAUGGUAUGGCAUUAUGUACUGGAAGUUGGGACACCUAUCUUAAGAUUUGGGCUUAGAGCAAACCGACUUUUUGAUUUCCACGAACACCCUCCAAAAUUUUUUACUUUCUCAUAUUCCCAAAACUCUCCACAACUUACAACGUCUUUUGUAACUUUGCAUUACUUCUUAAACCGCUCUUCUCAACCCUAUUCCCUUCUUUAUUUUGUGUACACUGAAUGACUCACUCUCACCGCUUGUAGUGGUUUACGAAUGAUUGAAAUAAAAUAUCAUGUUACAAUUUUUCAAACCAUUGUUUU